GCACUGAUGCUGCCUGCUGGGGAGUAGACAUCUGUGCAUCUGACUUGAUUUCUGUUUGCAGCUGAAGUUUGUAUUUACUUUUAUGUAUUGAAACUUUCUUUGAUUUCUCCCCCCUCCCCUCCAAGACCUCCGUUAUUGUCUCUUAUGCAGGCAGUAUAUUGAGUGUGAGCUCCUCAGGGGGUCCCCCAAUAAUGGAUAAGAUGCACACCUGCCCCAGCGCACAAUGGACUUUGCUUGUGUUUGUGGGGAUCAUGUAUUGUGCUGCUGCACGCGGAGCAGUGGGGUAUUACCCCAGGUUUUCCCCUUUCUUUUUCCUCUGCACCCAUCACGGAGAGCUGGAAGGAGAUGGGGAGCAGGGAGAGGUGCUCAUCUCCCUACACGUCGCAGGAAACCCAAGCUACUAUGUACCUGGACAAGAGUAUCAUGUGACUAUUUCAACAAGUACCUAUUUUGAUGGGCUUCUUGUGACUGGAUUAUACACCUCUACUAGCGUGCAGGCCACUCAAAGCAUUGCAGGCUCCAAGGCAUUUGGAUUUGGUAUUAUGUCUGAUCACCAGUUUGGCACCCAAUUCAUGUGCAGUGUUGUCGCUUCCCACGUAAGCCACUUGCCAACCACAAACCUGAGUUUUGUAUGGAUCGCCCCACCAGCAGGAACAGGAUGUGUCAACUUUAUGGCUACAGCGACACACAGGGGUCAAGUGAUAUUCAAGGAUGCCCUGGCACAGCAGCUAUGUGAGCACGGUGCUCCAACAGAAGCCCCUUUACGUCCAAAUUUAGCUGAAAUUCACAAAGAUGGUAUCAUUUUGAGAGACGACUUUGACUCCUUCAAGCAGGAACUUAAUCCAAACAUUUGGAUGCAGUGCAGGAACUGUGGGGUUGGAGAACAAUGUGGUGUGAUUAUGCAUGGCAGCGCUGUCACAUUCUGUGAUCCUUACGGGGAAAGAGAAUUGACAACAGUGAACCUUAACACAAGCACAGCAUCCAUUCUGCAGUUCUCUAUUGGCUCGGGAUCCUGUCGAUUCAGCUACUCAGAUCCUGGUAUUGUGGUGUCCUACACAAAAAAUAAUAAUUCAAGCUGGUCUGUUCUGGGAAGAAUCAGUGCACCUUCAAACGUUACGACAAUUAUCCACAUUAUCUACCUUCCCCAUGAAGCCAAGGGUGAGAAUGUGAAAUUUCGCUGGAAACAAGAGAACACUGUGGAUGGAGAUGUGUAUGAAGCCUGCUGGGCCUUGGACAACAUUCUGAUCAUUAAUGCCGCUCACAAACAAGUUGUGUUAGAAGACAAUUUAGAUCCAAUGGACACUGGGAACUGGCUCUUUUUUCCUGGAGCUACUGUCAAGCAUAGCUGUCAGUCGGAUGGCAAUGCCAUUUAUUUCCAUGGUACAGAAGGCAGUGAAUAUAACUUUGCUACCACACGAGAUGUAGAUCUCUCCACAGAAGACAUUCAGGAUCAGUGGUCUGAAGAGUUUGAAAGUCAUCCUGCUGGGUGGGAGAUUGUUGGAGCUGUCAUUGGUUCAGAAUGUGGAACAAUAGAAUCAGGCAUGUCUCUUGUUUUCCUGAAAGACGGGGAGAGAAAAUUAUGUACGCCAUACAUGGAUACCACGGGAUAUGGGAACCUUAGGUUUUAUUUUACUAUGGGGGGACUGUGUAAUCCAGGAGAAUCUCAUGACAACGAUGUCGUUCUAUAUGCACAAGUUGAUGGGAGGAAGGAACACAUUGUUAUGGAUACUCUGUCAUACUCCUCUUAUAAGGUUCCAUCGUUGGUUUCUGCUGUGAUAAACCCAGAACUACAGACUCCAGCCACAAAGUUUUGUCUGAAGCAAAGCAGCCAUAGAGGACAUAGCCUUAAUGUCUGGGCUGUCGAUUUCUUCCAUGUGCUUCCUGUCCUUCCUUCCACAGAAUCACAUAUGAUACAGUUUUCAAUUAAUCUAGGCUGUGGAUCUCAUCAACCAGGAAACAGUGUAAGUUUGGAGUUUUCAACUAACCACGGCCGUAGCUGGUCCCUGAUGCACUCUGAAUGUCUCCCUGAACUCUGCGCUGGUUCUCAUCUCCCUCACAGCACCAUCUACUCAUCAGAUAACUACAGCGGGUGGAGCCGAAUUACUAUUCCCCUACCCAACGCAGCUCUUACUCGUGACACAAGGAUACGGUGGAGGCAGAAUGGGCCAAUUAAAGGAAACAUGUGGGCUCUGGACAACAUUUACAUUGGACCAUCGUGCCUGAAAUUCUGCUCUGGCCGCGGACAGUGCACAAGGACUGGCUGCAAAUGUGAACCUGGUUUUUCUGGUCCGGCGUGUGAAAUGGCUUCUCAGAGCUACCCCAUCUUUAUAUCAGAAAGUUUCACUAGCUCCAGGCUUUCUUCAUACCAUAAUUUCUACUCUAUCCGUGGUGCUGAAGUCAGUUUUGGUUGUGGUGUGCUUGCAAGUGGCAAAGCUUUAAUUUUUAAUAAGGAUGGGAGGCGACAGCUCAUUACCGCUUUUCUUGACAGCUCCCAGUCAAAGUUUUUGCAAUUUACUCUGCGAAUUGGAAGCAAGUCUGUCCUUAGCACCUGCAAAGCACCUGACAAGCCUGGAGAAGGCAUCCUGCUUCACUAUUCACAUGACAAUGGCAUUACUUGGAAACUGCUGGAUCAUUAUUCUUAUCUCAACUAUCAUGAGCCAAGAAUUAUAUCAGUCCAACUUCCAGAGGAAGCAAAGCAGUUUGGCAUUCAAUUUAGAUGGUGGCAGCCAUAUCAUUCCGGCCAAGGUGAAGAUGUAUGGGCCAUUGAUGAGAUCAUCAUGACUUCAGUCCUCUUCAACAGCAUUAGCUUGGACUUCACCAACCUAGUAGAUGUCACUCAGUCACUUGGGUUCUACCUUGGAAAUGUACAGCCAUAUUGUGGACAUGACUGGACUCUAUGUUUUACUGGAGACUCUAAGCAAGCCUCAAGCACACGUUAUGUGGAGACACAGUCCAUGCAGAUUGGAGCUUCAUACAUGAUACAGUUCAACUUAGUGAUGGGAUGUGGAGAGCGCUUUACACAGCAUAUGGACAAUCAAGUCAAAUUAGAGUACUCUACAAACCAUGGUCUCACGUGGCACUUAGUCCAAGAGGAAUGUCUUCCAAGCAUGCCAAGCUGCCAGGAGUUCACAUCAUCUAGUAUUUACCAUUCAAGUGAAUUCACUCACUGGAGAAGGAUAACUUUGCCUUUGCCACAAAAAACCUGGUCUAGUGCGACGCGUUUCCGCUGGAGCCAGCGAUAUUACACAUCAGAAGAUGAGUGGGCUUUAGACAAUAUUUACAUUGGACAACAAUGUCCAAACAUGUGCAGCGGUCAUGGCUGGUGUGAUCAUGGCACUUGCCGGUGUGAUACCGGAUACCAAGGCUCGCAGUGUCUCCCUGAAACAUCCCUUCCAUCGACUGUAAUAUCAGACUUUGAAGGCUUGAAUGGCUGGGAAACCGACUGGCAGGAAGUGGUUGGAGGAGAGAUUGUUAAACCCGAACAAGGAUGUGGGGUCAUUUCAUCAGGGUCAUCUCUGUAUUUCUCCAAGGAUGGAAGAAGACAACUUGUUAGUUGGGACAUGGACACUACGUGGGUAGAUUUCAUUCAAUUUUAUAUCCAAAUUGGUGGAGACAGUUCUUCCUGUAAUAAGCCAGACAGCCGCGAAGAAGGUGUAUUACUUCAGUACAGUAACAAUGGAGGGAUCAACUGGCAUUUGAUGGCGGAAAUGUACUUUUCUGACUUCAGUACACCUAAGUUUGUGUAUCUUGAACUACCCAAUGCUGCAAGGACACCGUGCACAAGGUUCCGCUGGUGGCAGCCAGUGUUCUCAGGGGAAGGUUAUGAUCAGUGGGCUGUUGAUGAUGUCAUCAUUUUAUCAGAAAACCAAAAGCAGGUUAUACCUGUUACCUACCCAACACUGCCACAGAACUUCUAUGAGAAACCUGCUUUUGACUAUCCAAUGAACCAGUUGAGUGUGUGGCUAAUGCUGGCUAACGAAGGGAUGAUUAAAAAUGAAAGUUUCUGCACUCUUACUCCAUCUGCCAUGAUAUUUGGAAAAUCAGAUGGGGAUCGCUUUGCAGUGACCCGGGACCUCAUCUUAAAGCCUGGAUAUGUUUUGCAGUUCAAGCUGAUUGUAGGUUGCACCAAUGUGUUCAGCAAUACAACCCCAGUCCUCCUGCAGUACUCGCAUGAUGCCGGCUUGUCUUGGUCCUUGGUGAGCGGUGGUUGCUCUCCUGCAUCACAGGCCAUCAAAGACUAUGAAGGAGGUGCUGGGGAGCUAUGUGAGCCCACCACUUACUACAUCGGAGACUAUGAAGACUGGACAAGAAUAACCAUUGUCAUUCCAAGAUCAUUGGCUUCUAGUAAGACAAGAUUCCGCUGGAUACAGGAGACUAACGCUCAUAAAAAUGUUCCUGCUUUUGGCCUUGAUGGAGUCUAUAUAUCAGAACCGUGUCCCAGCUACUGUAACGGCCAUGGUGAUUGUGUUUCUGGAGUUUGCUUUUGUGAUCGGGGAUAUACAGCUGAACAUGGAACAUGCAUCUCAAACAGGCCUAACCCAAGUGAAAUGUUUGACAGAUUUGAAGGCAAACUUAACCACCUGUGGUAUAAAAUCUCUGGAGGUCAGGUGGGGGCUGGCUGCGGAGUGUUGAGCGAUGGCAAAUAUCUUUAUUUUAAUGGGCCUGGAAAAAGAGAGGCAAGGACGGCCGCUUUGGACACAACUAAUACCAGACUGGUCCAGUUUUACAUACAAAUUGGAAGUAAAAAUGGUGGCUCUUCUUGUCUCAAGCCAAGUGAAAGAAAUGAAGGCAUUGUUGUCCAAUAUACAAAUGACAAUGGGAUCAGUUGGAAUCUACUGCGGGAACUGGAUUUCAUGUCGUAUUUAGAGCCACAAAUAAUUUCUAUAGACUUACCCCAAGAUGCCAAAACCCCUGCUACUGCAUUCCGAUGGUGGCAGCCACAGAGAGGAGAACUGUCGGCACAAUGGGCCCUUGAUGAUGUCCUGAUUGGGAUGAAUGACAGUUCACGUUCUGGAUUUCAGGACAAGUUUGACGAUUCUGUAGAUCUGCAAGCCAACUGGUACAGAAUACAGGGUGGUCAGGUAGAUGUUGACUGCUUGUCUCGGGAUACUGCCCUUGUGUUCAGUGAGAGUACAGGGAAACCCCGCUAUGCUGAGACAUGGGACUUUCAUGUAAUGGCUUCCUCUUCUCUGCAAUUUGAGUUGAACAUGGGAUGCAGUAAGUCAUCUAGUGACUCUCACACGGUUCAGCUUCAGUACUCUCUGAAUAACGGAAGAGACUGGCAACAAGUUACAGAAGAAUGUGUACCACCUAGCAUUGGCUGUCUGCACUAUACAGAAAGCUCUGUGUACUCACCUGAAAGGUUCCAGAGCUGGAGAAGAAUUACUGUCUACCUUCCGCCUUCAACCGUAUCCCCAAGGACACGCUUCCGAUGGAUCCAAAAUAAUUAUGGCCAUGGAGGUGAUGCCUGGGCCAUUGAUAAUGUUGUACUUUCAUCAGGAUGUCCUUGGAUGUGUUCAGGCCACGGCAUAUGUGAUUCAGGCCGUUGUGUAUGUGAUCGGGGCUAUGGAGGCCCAUAUUGCGUCCCUAUUGUUCCUUUACCCUCCAUUCUGAAAGAUGAUUUCAAUAGUAACCUUCAUAUUGACCUCUGGCCUGAGGUGUACGGGGCAGAGAGAGGAAACCUGAAUGGAGAAACCAUGAAAUCAGGAACCGUGCUGAUCUUUAAAGGGGAAGGAUUACGGAUGAUUAUCUCAAGAGAUCUCGACUGUGUGCAUGCAUUAUACAUUCAAUUCUCAUUUAAAUUUAUUACAAAAGGCACCCCAGAGAGGUCCCACUCGAUUCUCCUCCAGUACUCAGUCAGUGGAGGAAUUACAUGGCACCUGAUGGAUGAAUUCUAUUUUACCCAAACCACAGAUGUAUUAUUUGUCAGUGUUCCUUUGCCACAUGCAGCACAAGCCAAUGCUACGCGAUUCAGACUUUGGCAACCUUACCAUAAUGGUAAAAAAGAUGAGAUAUGGAUUAUAGAAGACUUUGUCAUUGACGGCAAUGCCUUUAAUGAUCCUGCAAUCCUUUUGGAUACAUUUGAUCUUGGCCCAAAGGAAGAUAACUGGAUUUUCUAUCCUGGUGGCAAUAUUGGUCUCUAUUGCCCCUACUCUUCAAAGGGAGCACCGGAGGAAGAUUCAGCAAUGGUAUUUGUUUCAAAUGAAGUUGGAGAACAUUCCAUCACCACAAGGGAUCUGUAUGUUGAUGAGAACACCAUUCUCCAGUUUGAGAUCAAUGUAGGGUGCACAACUGACAGCUCUUCUGCUGAUCCAGUGAGGCUGGAAUUCUCGCGGGAUUUUGGUGCUACUUGGCACCUGCUUCUCCCCCUGUGCUACAGCAGCAGUCACAUCAGCUCCCUGUGCAACACCGAGCACCAUCCCAGUAGCACAUAUUAUGCUGGGACCAUGCAAGGAUGGAGAAGGGAAGUUAUCAGCUUUGGGAAACUCCACCUCUGUGGUUCUGUUCGAUUUAGGUGGUACCAAGGAUUUUACCCAACCAUGAUGCAGCCGGUCACAUGGGCCAUUGAUAAUGUAUAUAUUGGGCCCCAGUGCGAAGAGAUGUGUAAUGGCCAUGGAAGUUGUGUCAAUGGGACCAAAUGUAUCUGUGACCCAGGCUAUUCCGGUCCAACAUGUAAAAUCAGCACUAAGAACCCAGACUUUCUAAAGGAUGAUUUUGAAGGCCAGUUAGAAUCUGAUAGAUUUCUUUUGGUCAGCGGUGGAAAGCCCUCUAGGAAAUGUGGAAUUUUAUCCAGUGGAAAUAACCUGUUUUUCAAUGAAGAAGGUUUGAGAAUGCUCAUGACUCGAGACCUGGAUUUAUCCCUAGCAAGAUUUGUGCAGUUUUUCAUGCGGUUAGGCUGUGGAAAAGCAGUUCCAGACCCCAGAAGUCAGCCUGUCCUUCUGCAGUACUCACUGGAUGGAGGGCUGUCGUGGAGCGUUCUGCAGGAGUUUCUCUUCAGCAACUCCAGUAAUGUGGGCCGCUACGUUGCACUGGAAAUCCCAUUGAAGGCACGUUCAGGUUCUACCCGCCUCCGCUGGUGGCAGCCAUCUGAGAAUGGGCAUUUCUACAGCCCUUGGGUCAUUGAUCAAAUCCUUAUUGGUGGGAAUAUCUCUGGAAACACAGUUUUGGAAGAUGACUUUACAAGUCUAGACUAUCGAAAGUGGCUUCUCCAUCCAGGUGGCACUAAAAUGUCAGUGUGUGGAUCUACUGGCGAUGCCCUGGUCUUCAUAGAGAAGGCUAGCACUCGUUACGUGGUGACCACAGACAUUGUUGUAAAUGAGGACUCGUACAUACAGAUGGAUUUUGCUGCAUCUUGCUCUGUUACUGACUCAUGUUAUGCCAUUGAAUUGGAAUAUUCAGUGGAUCUAGGACUGUCAUGGAAUCCAGUUCUUAAAGAUUGCCUACCAACCAAUGUGGAAUGCAAUAAAUAUCAACUUCAGAGGGUCCUUGUAUCUGACACCUUUAACAAGUGGACCAGGUUCACCUUGCCUCUGCCUCCAUACACCAGAUCUCAAGCUACUCGAUUCCGAUGGAACCAACCAUCUCCUUUUGAAAAGCAGCAAACCUGGGCUAUUGACAAUGUUUACAUUGGAGAUGGAUGUGUGGACAUGUGCAGUGGCCAUGGGCGAUGUGUACAAGGGAACUGUGUGUGUGAUGACUACUGGGGUGGCAUGUACUGCGAUGAGCCAGAGGUGUUUCUACCAACUCAACUGAAGGACAUGUUUAACCGAGCUCCGGCCAGCCAGAACUGGCUGACUGUAAAUGGUGGGAAGCUCAGCACCGUGUGUGGGGCUGUAGCUUCAGGGAUGGCUCUUCAUUUCAGUGGGGGAUGUACCCGUAUGUUAGUCUCUGUGGACCUGAAUCUCACCAGCGCCGAAUUUAUUCAAUUUUAUUUCAUGUAUGGUUGUCUGAUAACCCCUCACAGCCGAAACCAAGGUGUUCUCCUAGAGUUUUCUGUGAAUGGAGGCAUUAGUUGGCACCUUCUAAUGGAAAUUUUCUAUGAAGAUUACAGGAAGCCAGGAUUUGUGAACAUUUUGUUGCCAGCUAGUGCUAAAACUGUGGGGACCAGAUUCCGUUGGUGGCAGCCCAAACACGAUGGGUUGGAGCAGAAUGACUGGGCCAUUGACAAUGUAUUGGUAUCUGGCUCUGCAGAUCAGAGCACAGUAAUGUUAGAUACAUUCAGCGGGGCCCUACUUCCACAACACGAGCGCACACCUGCUGAUGCAGGACCCACAGGAAGGAUAUCGUUUGAGAUUUUUGGUGAAGAGAGAACUUCAGUAAGCGAACACUGGCUGUUCCACGAUGACUGCAGUAUAGAGAGAUUCUGCGAUUCUUCAGAUGGAGUUAUGAUUUGCGGAAGCCAUGAUGGGCGGGAAGUGAAUACAGUUACUCACGAUCUUACACCUGCAGAAGGCUGGAUCAUGCAGUUCAAAAUCGCCGUUGGCUGCCGGAACCCAGAGAAGAUUGUGCAGAACCAAGUGCAUAUAGAGUACUCCACUGAUUUUGGUGUGAGCUGGAGUUACUUAGUGCCACAAUGCUUACCUGCUGAUCCAAAGUGCUCUGGUGGUGUGUCACAGCCAUCCGUUUUCUUUCCAGCUAAAGGGUGGAAAAGAGUCAUCUAUCCGCUUCCUUAUAACCUUAUUGGCAAUUCUGUCAGAUUUAGGUUUUACCAGAAGUAUUCAGAUAUGCAGUGGGCAAUAGACAACUUCUACAUUGGACCAGGGUGUUUAGACAAUUGUAAGGGACAUGGAGAUUGCUUGAAGGAGCAAUGUAUCUGUGAUCCAGGAUACUCUGGCCCCAACUGUUACCUCUCACAAGCUCUGAAGACAUUUCUGAAGGAACGUUUUGACAGUGAGGAAAUGAAAUCAGAUUCCUGGCUAUCCACGGAAGGAGGAAAGACAUGUACGGAGUGUGGGGUUUUGGCAGAAGAUACAGCUUUAUAUUUUGGGUCAGCUGCGGUGAGGCAAACAGUAACUCAGGAUCUGGAUCUCAGAGGUGCAAAGUUUGUGCAGUAUUGGGCAAGAAUUGGCAGCGAGAACAUGACAUCGUGUCGCAGACCCACAUGCAGAAAAGAAGGCGUCCUGUUGGAUUAUUCUAUUGAUGGAGGAAUUACAUGGACAUUGCUUCAUGAAUUGGAUUACCAAAAAUACAUGUCAGUCCGAUAUGAUUACAUUCUUCUGCCAGAACAUGCACAGACUAAUACAACACGAUUUCGCUGGUGGCAGCCAUUUACAGUCAGCAACGGCCUAGUCGUUACAGGCCAGGAUCGCUCUCAGUGGGCCCUUGAUAAUAUCUUAAUUGGUGGAGCUGAGAUCAAUCCUAGUCAACUUGUAGACACCUUUGAUGAUGAGGGUACUUCCCAUGAUGAACACUGGAGCUUUUUUCCUAAUGCUGUAAGAACUGCUGGCUUCUGUGGAAACCCAUCAUUUCACCUUUACUGGCCCAACAAAAAGAAAGACAAGACGCAUAAUAUACUGUCCUCAAGAGAGCUGAUUAUCCAGCCAGGUUACAUGAUGCAGUUCAAGAUUGUGGUUGGAUGUGAUGUCAACUCAUGUGUAGAUCUUCACUCUGUAAUGCUUGAAUAUAGCAAGGAUGCCAGGACAGACUCAUGGCAGUUGGUGCAGACCCAGUGUCUUCCUUCUUCCACCAAUAGUAUUGGCUGCUCUCCAUUUCAGUUCCAUGAAGCCACCAUCUAUAACUCUGUCAAUAGCUCGGUUUGGAAAAGAGUAACAUUGCAGCUUCCAGAUUACGUAUCGUCAAGUGCAACACAGUUCCGCUGGAUUCAGAAAGGCGAUGAGGCGGAAAAACAGAGUUGGGCGGUUGACCAUGUAUAUAUUGGAGAAGCUUGUCCUAAGCUCUGCAGUGGACACGGAUACUGUACAACAGGAACUGUUUGUAUUUGUGACGAGGGGUACCAAGGUGAUGACUGCUCCAUAUUUAACCAUGACCUCCCAAGUUACAUCAAAGACAACUUUGAAUCUGAAAAAGUAACAGAAAUAAAUUGGGAAAAUAUUCAAGGAGGUGUAAUAGGAAAUGGAUGUGGACAGCUGGCUCCCUAUGCACACGGAGACUCACUUUAUUUCAAUGGAUGCCAGAUCAGACAAGCCAUAACGAAACCACUAGAUCUUACUCGAGCCAGCAAAAUUAUGUUUGUCCUUCAAAUUGGAAGCAUUGCACAGACCGAGAGCUGCAAUACCAACCUCAGUGACUCGAACACAGUAGAUAAGGCUGUGUUGUUACAAUAUAGCGUCAAUAAUGGGAUCACAUGGCAAGUCAUUGCCCAGCACCAGCCAAAAGACUUUAUACAGGCCCAGCGAGUAUCUUACAACAUCCCACUGGAAGCGCGAGUGAAAGGAGUCUUACUACGUUGGUGGCAACCACGGCACGGUGGAACAGGUCAUGAUCAAUGGGCUUUGGAUCAUGUAGAGGUUGUACUCACACGCAAACAAAAUUACAUGAUGAAUUUUUCACGGCAACAUGGGCUCAGGCAUUUCUACAACAGAAGACGAAGGUCUCUGAGACGAUACCCAUGAGGAAUUAAAAUAUGUCUAUCCCUUCUCAUCAUGUGAUGUGUCGCUUUUCAUUCUAUACAAUCAAAACACCGCAUCUGGUAUCAAGACUUUCCUGUAAUUGGCUCGAAUAACGAAGAGCCAAGUCUAAGACUGACCAUGCACCACUUUUCACACUGUGAACUAAUGAGAAGUGACUUCUUUUCUCAUCGGUAAAUGUUAUAAUGUUGAUGUGUCCGUGGAAAAUGUGAUCUGUUGUAAUAUCAGUUUAAUCGGCAGUAUUGAAACUAAGCAAUGUAUUCUGUUUAACGUGAAAACAUCAUAGAGCACAAGGACGUUGAAUCUUUAAAAUGAUUAAAAGUGCAGUAUUUACAGUAUUUAAACAACCUUUUUGCCACUGAAAUAUUUAAGUGCAGUGUUUUUCAUCUAUGUAUCAUAUUUUAUAAGAUUAAAUUAUCAUGUUUUUGUCUUUUUAUGUACUCUCAAACAUCACGUGCCAACAGUGCCCCAACUUGUCAUGUAGCUGUACAAUUUCCCGCGUGUAGUUCGGCUUCCUGAAUGUACAUGUUGGGUAGUACAUACAAUCUACGUAAUGAAGCUGAAGGUGCACUCACUUUUGAAGACACGUGUAUCUUGCAGUCGCAUGGACAUGCUACUAGGAAAGUAAUGUUACAUUUGUGACUAGGCUUAUGUGACCUCAAAAGAUCUCCCCAAUGAAAAGUUGUGAAUAGUUCCCAAACCAAUUACCAGUUUGAAAGUAACAAGUGUUCUAGUUUUUGAAGGUGAAUAAACCUGACAGUACCUGCCUCGUGGUGUCUGUGGCAUUUGGAGCGCAUUGUACUCAGUGACUGUUUUCAUUGUGUUCCCGUUUGUGAUUUGUUUUUAUUGCAGGUCAGUGUAUAUUCUGCUUAUGUACCUACACCAGCAACAGUAGCAAGGCAAAGGAUCCCUUGAUAUCAGGCUUUGUUAGAAAUGUUUUACUGUAUUAUAAGUUCACAAACAUAACUCCAUGAUAAACCGAACUAAAGCCAUGUUUACAUGUCUAAAUGCAGUUCUCACAUGAACAAUAAUUGACCUCCAGUCUUGUGGACUCUAAUCUGUACAUACCAUUGACCUCCUUGAACAUAUUAACUGCAACUGUCGCCAUUGUCAUGGAUCUCCUUUUAUCUGAUUAACUGUUAUAAUGACGUUAUGGCAGAAAUAAACUGUUCUGAAUGUU